UCUUGGUCUCAACAUCGCAAGCAGCACAGCACGCACGGCAUACAUCCCGCUCUUGUCUUGUUAUCGUCAACAUAACUACCCACCUAACCUGAUACCUACCUUACUAGGUUAGGUAUAUCAACAUCAAAAAUAUUCGUCAUAUGGAAAGUCAGAUCCAAGAUCAGAUCAAAUAUUUCCUGAUCCAAUUUCUCGUUCCUUGGGCCUUGUUAUCAAGGAAAAAAUACCGCCUAAUAACCUAAUUAUCUCGACCCAUUCAUUCAUAUCUCCAACUAUGACUGGAUCCCCCACACUAAAGGCUACGCCCAAGCGGAAGCGCGAUGAUGUAACCAACGAGCACCGCAAUAUCGACUAUGCUCUAAGUUCAUUUCAGCUACCCAAGUCUACCUUUUCAUUUCAACCUCCGACCCUUAAACCUGUCGAAAGAAGUCACGAUAAUCCUCUUGAGGAUGGUAAUAGUAGCCCUCGAACCAGGGUUGCUCAGAAAUUCCAAGACCUUGCCCUUGGAAGUGGGGGCGGGGUAACCCACAACGACAAGGCCGAUGCCUCUCGGGGGUUUAUUCUUAUGGGAUCAGAGCCUGAUGGGGCUAAAUCCCAACGUACAUCCGACGACCUGAGAUUUUCACCAGAAGUGUCCAUCUUCGAUUUUGAUGGCGGAAAUGCAAGCAGUACUGCUGCUGAAGAAAUGGAGCUUGACGAUGCUGACAGUGCAUCACGCAAACGUGUUAAAUUGCCCGACAAGCCAGACACUGCGGAAAUAGUCCCAAAUGUAGAGGCCAACACAACUGGCCUCAAGUUCGGCCAAUCUGAUUUGCCUCAUCGUUUCGCACCCCAGACAGCAGUAGAUCCUGCUUUCAUGAAGAUAACGAAGAAUGAAGGUUCUGGCCGCUUGCAGAAGUCGUACCCAUCCAUCAACCGGCUCUCGGCAUCCAAAUCACGUAGCCGGAAACGAGCAGGAACCCCACCUUUAACCAAACAGAGGACACCAGAGUCCUCGGCCGAAGAAGCUUCUAUUAUUAUAGAUCCUGUACGCGCUGCGCUUACCUGGCAUGAAGACGAAAUUACAGUCUACGACCCUGAGGACAAGGAUGAUGACGGCACUGGUAUCAACGGUAUCGGAUUCAGACCGACUCCUGCUAUUGCAUAUGCCCGAGCGCAGAAGCGACGGCAACAGCUCGCCAACUACAGAAAGCGCGAGGAGAGUGAAGCUAGAGCAAGACGAAACCAACGGCGCCGACAAGAGGUCAGCGCCAAUACGGAAAUGGAGAGUAGUCACUCUAUGGUACGAGUGCAUUUCUCGGAUGCAGAGCCGGCUACUGUAGUCAUGACUUGAUACCCGCGCUGUCUCGCAACCCCACUUUGAAUGCGAUCAUUUGUGGCACAAGGCGUUGAUAGUAUACGAUUGCUUGGUAACCGCUAUGGUUGAGGUGGAUGAUCGGCCUUUGUUAAUUUACUUUGUUUCGGUCUUUUAUUAAUUUCGCUUUUUAAAAAAAAUACCAACUUCAUCUCAAUGUAUGCUACUGCUAGAGAUCAAACAUUGCAGAGAUCAAUGCUGUAUAAGGCGUCAAUGGUUACAAGGAGUAAGGAAUGGGAUAUUGGACACACGGGUAGGACAACAUACCCCUAGAGAUUCUUUUAUU